AUGUACGUUCACAUAAAAAUAUUUGCAAAGAAUCUCCAGUUAUAUGAAAGUGAUAGCAAAAAUAAUGUUGCUGGAGUCAAAUGGGACUCGGAGUCCAAGGGAACCCAUAGUCCAAGGGAACCCGGAGUCCAAGGGAACCCGGAGUCCAAGGGGACCCGGAGUCCAAGGGAACCCGGAGUCCAAAGGGAACCCGGAGUCCAAUGGGACUCGGAGUCCAAGGGAACCCGGAGUCCAAGGGAACCCGGAGUCCAAGGGGACCCGGAGUCCAAGGGGACCCGGAGUCCAAGGGAACCCGGAGUCCAAGGGGACCCGGAGUCCAAGGUGACCCAGAGUCCAUGGGAACCCCGAGUCCAAGGGAACCCAGAGUCCAAAGGGGACCCAGAGUCCAAUGGGACUCGGAGUCCAAGGGAACCCGGAGUCCAAAGGGGACCUGGAGUCCAAUGUGACUCGGGGUCCAAGAGGACCUGGAGUCCAAGGGAACCCGGAGUCCAAGGGAACCCGGACUCCAAGAGGACCAGGAGUUUAAGAGGACCCGGAGUCCAAGGGAACCAGGAAUCCAAGAGGACCCACGGAGUCCAACAGGACCCGGAGUCCAACAGGACCCGGAAUCCAAAAGGAACCCUGGAGUCCAAGGAACCCGGUGAUCUCCAAGAGGACCCGGGUCCAGGGGAAUCCCGGAGUCCCAAGGGGAACACCGGAGUCCAAGAGGACCCGGAGUUCCACGGGGAAGGACCCCGGAGUCCAUCGGGAACCUGGAAUCCAAGAGGACCCAGAGUCCAAGAGGACCCGGAGUCCAAGAGGACCCGGAGUCCAAGGGGACCCGGAGUCCAAGGGGACCCGGAGUCCAAGAGGACCCGGAAUCCAAGGGGACCCGGAGUCCAAGGGGACCCGGAGUCCAAGAGGACCCGGAGUCCAAGGGGACCCAGAGUCCAAGGGGACUCGGGGUCCAAGAGGACCCGGAGUCCAAAGGAACCCAGAGUCCAAGAGGACCCGGAGUCCAAGGGGACCCAGAGUCCAAGGGGACUCGGCGGUCCAAAGGACCCGGAUCCAGGGAAGAGUCAAGAGACCCGGAGUCAAGGGGACCCGGAGUUCCAAGGGGACCCGGAAGUCCAAGAGGACCCGGAGUCAAGGGGACCGGAGUCCAAAGGGGGACCCGAAGUCGAAGAGGACCCGGAGUCCAAGGGGACCCAGAGUCCAAGGGGACUCGGCGUCCAAGAGGACCCGGAGUCCAAGGGAACCCGGAGUCCAAGGGGACCCGGAGUCCAAGAGGACCCGGAGUCCAAGGGGACCCGGAGUCCAAGGGGACCCGGAGUCCAAGAGGACCCGGAGUCCAAGGGGACCCAGAGUCCAAGGGGACUCGGCGUCCAAGAGGACCCGGAGUCCAAGGAAACCCGGAGUCCAAGAGGACCCAGAGUCCAAGGGGACCCAGAGUCCAAGGGGACUCGGGGUCCACGAGGACCCGGAGUCCAAGGGAACGAGUCCAAGAGGACCCGGAGUCCAAGGGGACCCGGAGUCCAAGAGGACCCGGAGUCCAAGAGGACCUGGAGUCCAAGAGGACCCGGAGUCCAGGGGGACCCGGAGUCCAAGAGGACCCGGAGUGCAGGGGAACCCGGAGUCCAAGAGGACCCGGAGUCCAAGGGGACCCGGAGUCCAAGGACCGGAGUCCAAGGGAACCCGGAGUCCAAGGAACCGGAGUCAAGAGGGGACCGGAGUCCAAGGGACCCGGAGUCCAAGGGGGACCCGGAGUCCAAGACGGACCCGGAGUCCAAUGGGAACCCGGCGGGGUCCAAGGGAACCCGGAUUUCAAGGGGAGGGGCCCCAGGAGUCCAAUUGGGACUCGGGGUCCAAGGGAAAACCCGUAGUUCAAGGGGACCGGAGUCCCAAUUGGACUCGGGGUCCAAGGAACCCGGAGUUUCAGGGGACCAGGAGUCUCAAUGGUACGCGGGGUCCAAUAGGACCCGGGUCCAAGGGAACCCGGAUUCCAAGGGACCCAGAGUUGAAGGGAACCCGAAGUUCAAGGGAACCCGGAGUCCAAGGGGACCCGGAGUCCAAGGGGACCCGGAGUCCAAUGGGACUCGGGGUCCAAGAGGACCCGGAGUCCAAGGGAACCCGGAGUCCAAGAAGGGCCCGCUGGGGUUCCGCGCCACUAAUUCACUUUUGGUCUAUUUUCGGAAUUUCUGA